UGUAUUUGGAAACUCAUAGCCCGACCGACUCCCAAACCCCCCGAACCCCGUUAGGUCUCCUCCCGAACCCGAUCCAACCCAAUCUCGAUGGCGGCGGUGACGAACGCCGAUGUGGAGGUGGUGGACUUCGACUCCGAUGACGACGACCUCAUGGAUGAGGAAGUCGCGGAGCCCUCGCUGGCCCCGGCCCCCCGCUUAAGAUCCACCAUCGCAGGCGGCGGCGGCGGCGACGACGCGCCGCGUAAGACCAAGGGCCGCGGCUUCCGCGAGGACCCCAACUCCUCCUCCGCCCCCCACGACACACGGUUUGCGGCGGGGGGCCGCGCUGACUUCGACUCCCUCGGCUCCGAUGGCGGCCCCGGCCCCGUCCGCUCAAUUGAAGGAUGGAUUGUACUGGUCACUGGAGUUCAUGAAGAAGCACAAGAAGAUGACCUUCACAAUGCUUUCCGGGAAUUUGGGCAAGUCAAAAACCUGCAUUUGAAUUUAGACCGUCGUACUGGAUUUGUCAAGGGGUACGCAUUGAUCGAAUACGAGAACUUUGAAGAAGCUCAGGCUGCAAUAAAAACACUGGAUGGAAGUGAGCUUGUUAGUCAAAUAAUAAGUGUUGAUUGGGCAUUUAGUAAUGGCCCUGCCAAGCGCAGAAAUACUCGGAAAAGAUCACCUAGAGCUCGUCGCUCCAGGAGCCCAGCCAGGAGAAGAUACUGAUGUUUCCCCAGCACCUAGGAUGGAGUGUGAGAAGUGUGGGGAUUCCAGUUGUUUGCUUGGUUUAGUACCGGAGCUUGACGAUUGUUGUUAGCUUGGCUACUUUUUUCAUUUCGUGACCAUGGCAGUUGUAUGGGGCUUUAACUUCUUGCUUUUGGUUGAUGGAGUUGCUGCAUUUAUGUUAUGUUUGGCAUGCCAGUUUGAGACAAUUGUAACCUCUAAUCUUUUAGAUCUUUGACAAGCGAUAUGUUGGAAUUGGAUGUUUA